AAUCGACAUCAUGAUGGAUCCAUUAAACCUUGCAGCCCUUCUAGCCGCCGUCGUCCUGGCCGUAUCCCUCCAUCGUUCGCGCCAUAGAGCACCUUAUCCGCCCGGUCCUCCGGGAUUACCUGUAAUCGGCAAUGGACUGCAGCUGCCGGCAGACAAGCAAUGGCUGAAGUGGGAUGAGUGGAGGAGGGUGUAUGGUAUAUGUCAUACGCCACCAUUAGGAGCUGCUCUUAGUACUCUGCGAUAGGUGAUGUUGUUCGUAUAACGAUACUCGGGCAGCCUGCUAUCAUACUAUCGUCUAUGAAGGCGGUUAACGAUCUGCUGGAGUCGAGA